AUUUUUUUUAUCCAUUGCCCUUGAUCUUUUUCAGUACAUGUGUUUGAAAUAUGUUUACAUUGUUUUCAAAGUUUGUUUGAAGUACAGUAAGUAUGAGAAGCUUAGAAUUAUUUCAUGUGAUAUUUUUAUAUGCAGAAUUUCUCUGACUGCAUGGAUCGUCAGGAACAUAACCACCGCGACGGAGGAGGCAUUACAGUAUUGUGUUCACUUGGACUUAGCCAAUGAAUGUUGUGUUACUUUUCAUGUAAAUGACAGGAAAAUGUUGAAUAGUGUGACGCCCCUUUACAGGAUUCCGAAAGCUGACCAAUCAGAGAAAGGUGUUCUUUUGCGGGGUACGUUUAAGCCUUAAAGAGACAGGAACCAAAAGAGCAGAAGAUGAUUGAGCAGACAGCUACAUGAAGUUAAUAAACUAAAUAAUUACGGCUUAAUUGAAUUCAUCUCGAAGACAUGGGUUGUCUUACAGAGCUUUAUAUAAAAAAACAAAACACUUGAAAGUUAUUGUGUUUGGUAAAUGUCCCGAAGCUGUAACAUAACAGUCAGUCAGUCAGUCAGUUAGGGGAGCGGGGAGGGGAGGGAGGGGUGCUGAAUUCUCGCCCUUGAGGAAACCCUUUAUUUUGAUACGUGCGACAAGCCGCCGUGAGCGCGCAUUUUCCCCUUCGAGUGGAGCCCCCCAUUCUCAAAUUAGGGCGGCGCGUUCCUGCUGCAAGAGAAGUGAACGCGCUUGAGGGGCUGCGGUCCCAUUGACGGCUCUGUCUCCUUGACAGCAGCAUCAGCAUCAGCAAGAAGUGUCUGCCUCGCCUUGCAGCGACGCAGCCAGGCCAGUGGUCGAGCGGAGACCGCCUUCCGUCGCCACCUCCCUCUCCUCUGCUCGGCCGGAACUCGAAUCAUCCCCGUGUGCCCGCGUCCGCACCGACCGCCGGAGAAAUGGGCUCCCCGUAAAACAGAGGUGGUGGAGGGGAGCGGCGGGCGGGUGGGAGGGGGGUGGGGGUUCGAUACCGGAGCUGCAAGAGGGAAAAGGAGAGGCAAGAACGGCAAUCUGGAACAUUGGCGUUACCACAACCACCAUCGCUGUCAUAGCUACUAUCACACUGUCGCCGCCGCCCUCGCCGCUGCCGCGCCGGGUGCCUCCCCCCAACCGUCAUGGGAACUCCGCAUCAGUCGCUCCUUAAACUGCUUCAUCCGCAGGCCAUGUCGUGAUCCGUGGGCUCCGCCAGCGGGUUUUCGUGAUCCGUGAUCCCAAUCGACGGGAAGGAAGAGGCGGGUGGUGGUGGGCAAGAUGUUCGCCUCAGUAGGCCCUCGGGGUCCACCCGUCGCUCAGGCCAUCCCAGAGCCCGACUUGAGCCACUUGACUGAGGACGAAAGGAAGAUCAUCAUGGCUGUACUGGCUCGGCAACGGGAGGAAGAAGCGAAGGAAGAGGCCAUGCUAAAAGAAGAAAAGCCUAUCCAAGCGAGAACAGUCAACUUGGUUGGACAGAAAAAACCUCCGCAGCAAAAUGAUGUCCGGGGCAUCCAGCAGCAGCUUUCCAGCUACAGGGAGACGGUGAUCAGGCAGGCCACAGCUGCAGCAGGCUCAGCGGUUCACCGAGACGAUGCUCCAACCUGUGGCAUCUGCCAGAAGACCAAGUUUGCAGAUGGUUGUGGGAACUUGUGCUCAUAUUGCCAGACCAAGUUCUGUGCCCGCUGCGGGGGGAGGGUCUCGCUUCGAUCCAAUACGGAGAACAAAGUGGUCAUCUGGGUGUGUAAUAACUGCAGAAAACAACAGGAAAUACUGACCAAGCCAGGCGAAUGGUUCACCGGUCCAUCAGGAAAGUCCACUAGUCUCGGUUCAGCCAUCAGUGAGCCAUCUGUGUGCCAAACCCUUGGCGAAAAAAAGCUGCGAUCCCACUCCCAAGCCCCUCCAGGCUCCACAACAUCCUUAGAGCCCAACCCAGCCAGUGCACCUGGGAGCACAGCUGGAAUAGACGUCCGGUCACGAAGUGAACCACCAAGAGACACGAGAAAUGGAAAAGGCGGUGGAGGAACUGGUCGGGGAGAGCGUAGGUCAGUCCAACCCAUGCUGCAGACCCAGGUUUCCAUGGACCGGGAUCUCAGGGGUGAAUCCAGGGAGCAUCGGGAAAGCCGGCGGCUCACAAAAGGGCGUUCUUUGGAGAUUGAUCCAGUCGGAGGAAGUAGUGGGUUGAAAAGGACACAAGACGGGGGCUACCAACACAUUGGCCACAGCGGUGGCCCCCCUCGUCAAACAGGGCCAGUCACUUCUGGAGGCCCCGGCCAUCCUGCACCAGUACAAGGCAGUGCAACAGGAAUUAUUGGGGAGGUGAGGGAUGGAUUAGUAUCUGGACAGAGGACUGUCGGUGGACAGUGUGAACACACCCCUGCGCAACAAGACCACCCACCUCAACUCAGAGAAGCUCUGAGUUCAGGAACUGGAUCAGCCCCUGAUCAAGGGCAUGUAGUGAGACGAACCAAAAGGAACAAGGCUGACAGCAUGCUCCGCAACGAUUCACUCAGCUCAGAUCAAUCGGAAUCUUUGCGCCCACCACCACCCAGACCCUAUAAAUCGAAGCGAGGGCUAGGGGCUGGAGGCAAGAGACAGACCAGUGUCAGCAGCUCAGAAGAGGAAGGAGGGACCACACCUGAAUACAGCAGUUGUGAGGAUGCUGAGAUUGAAAGUGUGAGCGAAAGAGGAGACUGGGAAUGCUACCCUCAUGACCCCACUGUGUGGCAUCAUCCUGUAACGUGGCAACCAUCCAAGGAGGGUGACCAUCUGAUUGGCAGAAUCACUCUUAGUAAGAGGAGCACAACCAUGCCUAAAGAAGCUGGGGCUAUGCUGGGAUUAAAGGUGGUUGGGGGUAGAAUAACAGAGUCAGGGAGAUUAGGUGCCUUCAUCACCAAGGUCAAGAAGGGCAGCCUGGCAGAUGUGGUUGGACACCUGAGAGCAGGGGAUGAAGUUUUGCAGUGGAAUGGGAAACUGUUACCAGGAGCCACCAUGAAGGAAGUUUACAACAUCAUCCUGGAAUCUCAAGCGGAGCCCCAAGUCGAGCUGGUUGUAUCCCGGCCUAUUGGGGUGUAUAGAAAAUAUCAUGAUAUCCCAAGAAUCCCAGACACCUCCCACCCUCCAUUAGAAUCCACAGGUUCAAGUUCAUUUGAGUCCCAGAAGAUGGAGCGACCAUCAAUAAAUCUUUUAUCUCCCACCAGUCCGAGAAUGAUUCUUGACGCGCCACAGCUCAUGCCAGGAAAACUUUCUGUAAAGCUCUGGUACGACAAAGCGGGUCACCAACUAAUAGUCAAUGUGCUUCAAGCGGUGGAGCUCCCUCUUCGGCCGGAUGGACGACCCAGAAGCCCAUAUGUCAAAAUGUACUUUCUUCCUGAUCGCAGUGAUAAGAGUAAACGCAGGACAAAAGCAGUGAAGAAGACCUGCGAGCCCAAGUGGAACCAAACAUUCCUCUACACUCACAUCCAUCGUAGGGAUUUCCGCAACCACAUGUUGGAGCUGACUCUAUGGGACCAGCCCAGAUCACCAGAGGAGGAUAGCAUCUUUAUGGGAGAAAUCCUGAUAGAGCUGGAGACAGCCUUGCUGGACGACAAGCCACACUGGUAUCCCCUCCAAACGCAUGAUGUCUCAUCUAUACCGCUCCCCCGCCCUUCCCCGUAUCUGCCUCGUCGACACAUACACACAGACAACCCGAGCAGGAAGCUGCAGCGUUCUCAGCGUCUAACAGAGCCUGAAUUUGAGGGUACAGCAGUAGUUUCUAAAGCAGAGGGACGUGGCAGGGAGCGACAACGGGAGCCCACGUCCACCCUGGAGGUGCCCGAGCGCCAGAGGACGACUUCUCAUCAUAUACGUUCUCGCUCAGUAUCCCCCCACCGCGAGGAGCAGGGAUAUAUGCGUUCCCGCCCAGCCAAUGUCCCUGCACAAAGGAGUCUCGACGAUGAGCUUUCGCACUCCAGGCGUUCUCGGUCUCCGACCCGCUACUAUGACUCUGCGAGAGGUCACCGCACGGAUCCGGAAUACCUGGAUGACAGUGAGGUCAUCAUGAUCCACCAAUCAAUGCGAGGCAAAAGUGCUGAGUGCAUCCACUUAAGUGAUCUUCAGCCUUCUCUGGACAGGGUUAGGAGUGCUAGCACCAACUGUCUGACUCCAGAUUAUCAUGUCCCCUCACCUGAAUUGGAAAGAAAAUCAUUGUCCCAUUCAUUGCCCCGGAGACGUCCUCCGAGCCCCAGGAUUUUUAUCCAACAUGCUUCCCCUGAAGAUGACAGGGGACACCUCCAAGGUGGUACACCUCUUAACUCUUCAGUGACAUCAUCCUCAUCUCGCAAAGUGAGGCAGCUCCCCCAGCUUCCCCCCAAGAGCAACAGUGUAGAACAAGCCCUGGUAGCAGAGGAGCGCGUCCGUCAACUCCAAAUGAGAGUUCAUUCAAACCGGAUGUCAGCUGCAAGUAACUCCAGCAAGCAGGACCUGGAUAGAGCACUCAAGAACAAACGGGAGCUCUUCAAGGACCACAAGACGAGCAGUGAGAAUGCUUCCCAUAAGUCCUCAGACAGUGAUGUCAGCGAUGUAUCAGCCAUCUCUCGAACCAGCAGUGCCUCUCGGAUUAGUAGCACCAGCUACAUGUCCAUCCAGUCAGAGAGACCCAGAGGACGCUUCAGUCGAGCCAUGCGUGCGACGGGCCGCCACAUUCUGAAGAGUACCAGUGUGAGUGGCGAGAUCUAUGGCAUGGAGCAUGCAGAUGGCAGCCAAUCAGACACCGCCCUCGGGAGCUUGGGAAGUGGGAUCAAAAAGCGUCGCUCAAGCCUCAGCCAGCGUGUUGUUGCCAUCCUACCUUCAAGACGCAGUCGGAGUACCUCGCAGCUCAGCCAGACAGAAGCGGCUGUUAAGGCGGUGGACAGGCAGAAAGAGGCGCCAGCAGGUAAGAAGGUGGCUAAGGCUGGCAGCAGCAGUAUCCAACGGAGCGUCGAGACGGGCAUGGCAGUGGAGUACCCUCGAGGAGGCUCAGCUAUGAACCGUCAGGCCAGUCGAGAAUCCACUGAUGGCAGCAUGAACAGCUACAGCUCUGAGGGAAAUCUUAUCUUCUCAGGAAUGAGGUUGGGGGCUGACAGCCAGUUCAGUGACUUCCUAGAUGGUCUAGGACCCGGUCAGCUGGUUGGCCGGCAAACACUGGCAACACCCGCAAUGGGUGAUGUUCAAAUUGGUUUGAUGGACAAGAAAGGACAGUUGGAGGUGGAGGUGAUCAGGGCACGAGGCCUUACCCCCAAACCAGGCUCCAAAUCCCUCCCAGCCCCCUACGUCAAGGUGUAUCUGCUGGAUAGUGGAACUUGUAAAGCCAAAAAGAAAACUAAGAUUGCACGAAAGACCCUGGAGCCUCUCUACCAGCAGCAUCUGCUAUUUGAUGAGAGUCCACAGGGCAAGGUGCUUCAGGUGAUAGUGUGGGGGGACUAUGGACGAUUGGACCACAAAUGUUUUAUGGGUGUAGCACAGAUCUUAUUGGAAGAUUUGGACCUAUCAAGCACGGUGAUUGGAUGGUACAAACUUUUUCCACCAUCCUCGUUGGUAGACCCCACUCUAGCUCCGCUCACGCGACUGGCAUCUCAGACAUCAUUGGAGAGCUCAGGACCACCCCCGGGUGUUCGGUCCUAGUGACCGCGAUGACGUCGAGCGUCAAUAGAGGAACAUAACUAUUGGACCACAAUGGAGCAGAGCGUGGCAACAGGACAAGAAGACCUUGGUCUACCAAUAAAAAGCCACAAGGAGAGUCAGGGAACAAAAGGUACUAGAGAGCAGGUGGAAAAAAACUAGCUAAUCAAAGCUUAGUCGGAGUCUGACAAUCAUUUCUCACACCUUUACUUCUUUAUCAACUUCUACUUGAGCCUUUUCUUUGUAAAAGUUUGCCUUCAUUUGUUCCUCCAAGAUGGAGAUUUUCUUUCCACUUUAUCGAUUCUCUUUUGUGUGACUUUAUUUUUGUUCACCCGAUCAAAGUCCUUCACUAGCCGGGAGUGCUAUCAACACUGUGGGGGAAUUGGUCAAAGUUCAAACUGACACACCUUCAUACGGGUGAAUGGCUGCAUGAGACGUCCAUUGGCGUUGAAACAGUGGAAGUGUAGCUGAGCACGAGGGGCUGCCGUUUGGCAUUGUGUAGAAAACUUUUUAAGUUAAAGCAGCCUGUACACACACACA